CGAGCUUCGCCAAUCCCAACCAAGUGCAAUAAUCUGUUCUCCUUACUCUUUGCGUAAAAAUAUGGCAGCAGUGGCAGCCAACUUCCCAGUGGCUGGCGUGGCAAAAAACCCGAUGCAGGGAUUGAAGCCUGCCCUCGUCGUUGGUGCACUGAAUCAAUUAGCAGGACAGAAGCAAGGACAGGGCAAUGCUGCUGUGCCUGAUGAUUGGACUCCAGUGAAUCCUCUCGACCGUCACAUUCAAGAGCUCGGAGCGUUUGCAGUGGAUGAGCACAACAAGCAGACCAAGGACCAGCUGGUGUUUGUGGCUGUGCUUUCUGGCAUACAGAAAACCGAGGACGAUCGUUCCACCUACUGCCUCCUUAUUUCAGCUAAGGAUAGCACAGGCAAGUUGGGCCGCUACUACGCAGUGAUUAUCGAAUACAACACUGGGUGCCAGCAGCUCUUACAAUUUGAACCGUCGCCAUGAGUUACUGAGAACAAGGGCUGAAGAUUACGUAUGCUAUAUUAAGUAUCUACCGUUGUGCUAAAUUAAGUAUGGAAGUAUGGAUGUUUCAGAUGUAAUGCUGAGAUGUUGAAAAAGGUGCAUUUGUACCGGCAAAAUGCACCCCAUGUAUUAAAUAAAUAAAACGCUGUGCCCUGUUAGAGUUUA